GGCUGCUGCAAUUCUCCCGUUUCGACAGACAAGAAAGAGCUUGCAAACCGAUCACAUCUACUGUCUCCAGUUUCUUUCUUUGAAACAGGUUGAAUCAGUUGUUCAUUAAAGCUGCCAAGAUGGUUUUCAGAGUGAGAAAAUGCAGGCUUCAACUUUUAAAACUAAUGAGUAUAACAGCAAUUGCUUUGGUCUUCAUCCUUUUAUGGAAUUUAUCUGGAUUUUCCUUCUGUCGUCAAGAGCCAAGCCUUUGUGCCUGUCACAAAUGUCUAACAGACAGUGAUCCUUGGUUUAAUUACCUUAUCAAUGAAGCACCUAAACCCUUUAUGUCACUGAAACAUAAACCCUCAGAGGAAGAUUUCAACUGGUGGAAGCUCUUGCAGCGGGACAAACAAAACUUCACUGUCUACAAUAAAACACUAGAAAGUGUGUUUCAGAAGAUAACACCAAUUGCAGAUGUUGAAGAACCUCGCCCGGAUCGCUGCAGGAGUUGUGCUGUGGUGGGAAAUUCUGGAAAUUUGAGAGGAUCACAUUAUGGGCCAAUGAUAGAUGCCCAUGAUAUCGUAAUAAGAAUCAAUCGUGGGCGUACCAAAGGCUAUGAAACAGAUGUUGGAAGCAAAAAAACUUAUCAUGUCAUGUAUCCAGAAAGUGCAACUAGAUUGGAAAACACCACUAGUCUUUUGUUUUUUCCAUUCAAAACAUCUGACUUUUUGUGGCUUCUCAAGGCCUCAAAUCCCAGACAAAAUGGUACCCGAAACUCUAAGAUGAUAGCUAACAAGGAUUUGAAAAUUCUGUUCAAUAUGGCUGCCCUUCUUGAGCGACUGGAGAGCACAUUUGGAGAAACUUGAGGACGCAUUGGAUGAGUCGACCCUCAUUGACACUCCAGUUGCCCUUCUCACAGUGGUUAAAGACGGCGCUUCCCAGGCCAGCCUGUUUUACUUCCUCAGUAAAAUGGGCUGAGGAAGUAAAACGGCAUCACCUAGUCGCCUUGUAGUGAAAGGCGACUAGGUGAUGCGUGAUAUUCCCAGAUUUGCAGAUGCAUUUGCUUUAUUGUUUGGCUUGAUGACGGCAAACCCCUGAAACCCCUGCCUACAUGCUCUUAAGGAAUAUAAGGCAAUGUUUGUUAGGACAUGCACUCUGUUACUGAGCACUUUGUUUGAAGCACUUUAUUUAAAGCACUUUAAGUUUACUACAGGCUUUGGGUGGAUUUAACUCCAUCAGUUUAUCUAAUUUUCCUAUACUUGACUUCCUGUUCUGGUUAUUUGGAAGCUGAUCGUCUUUCUUUGUACCCAUUUUAAAAAAAAUUGUUUUUCAUUUCUAUUUAAAAAAAAAAGUGAUUAGUAUUUGACUUUUUGUUUUGCAUUUUUGUGUAUUUUGGGAAAGAUACAAUUAGGACUGAUGUCGUCCUUUGUGAUUUUAUAAAAAGAUGAAUGCUCUACACUGAAUUUAUAAUGCUCACUUUAUGGUGCCCAUGUCCAUGUUAGUGGUUUUAUAAAAACAUUUGUGAUGUUUUUAAAUUUACAUGAAAAAAUGUUAAAUAAACAAAAUGUAAAGUAACAAAAUUUCUGUGCUUUUUUUAGUAGUCUACACUCAAACAUUGAAACAUAAAUAUCUUUUAAUUAAUAAUCAUAUAAUUUGAGUUUAGGUUGUAAUAUAAUUGCAUUGUGUUGCAUCAAAAUAAUAAACUACAAGAAACACAAAAAUAUUGAAAUUAAAGAAUACAGUCUUUGAGUAAAGCUCAAUUAAUAAAAUAUAAAAUAUAAUUUUAAAUUUUUAGGUUAACAAUAAAUACAAAUUUUGAGUACCCCCAUACUUAGAAGAGAUGAGUUUGUGUACUUAAAACUUUUGUGGAAACUGAUUACCUCAAAAGAUUUAAGUUCAGUCAACUUGUUCGGGUUUACAGUGCAGCUUUUAUGAUUUUUUCUGAAUUUAGAUGGAUUGUGUUAAUGCAGUAGGGUAUUCAGAUAUUCGAGGUUGUGCUGAAAAUAAUGAUACCUAACAAGGCAAGAUGAACAGUUUUUAAAGGUGAAAUACAGAGAUCAAAUCACAAAUAGUCAAAAAUGGCCAAUCUUAGGGUUAAUUUGGCUUAGUCUACCCACCAUUGCUACAGAUGUGCAAUACAUUUUGGAAACCACCUCUUUCUCAGCUUUUCCUUUGUUGGAGUAUUUGUUGCGUGCUCUGUUUUUAGUUGGGUUGCUCAUACUAUGGGUGUGGAAGGCCAUGUAGAUUUGUGAAAAGAGCCAUGACACCAAAAAUAAAUACUGGCUUCUCAAAUAAUAGUAGCAAGUCAGUUAAAUGUCUGAGACACGCAUCUGGUCAGUUACACAUGGGAAAAUGUUAAUCAUGUUCGGCCAUUAAUGAAAUUAACAACAGGUGCACUAAAUUGGUAACAAUGAGACAACCACCAAUAGUGGAGUGAUUAUACACGUAGAUUACAUUGUAUUUACUUUCUUAUCUUUCAUGAGAGUUUUUUCACUACUUUUGUAUUUAGGUAGGGUCAGUGUCAUUACUGGUAAAUGGACAUAUCACACUUUUUUACUCUACUGGAGCACUUAAUACUUUACACAACUUGCCUUAAUAUGCAUAACAAUAAUAAUAAUAAUAAUAAUAAUAAUAAUAAUAAUAAUACAUUUUAUUUAAAAGCUCCUUUCAAAAAACCCAAGGACACCGUACAGAGCAAAUAAGACAGGCAUAAAAACAGGAAAUAAACACAAUAAUAAAAUAAAGUUUAAGAGCAUUGGGAAGUUAUAUGGAGCAGGCUUUCUUGAACAGGUGGGUUUUGAGGGUGGACUUAAAACUGGAGUUUUCAUAUUCUUCCAUUACUUUUUGAGUACUAUAUUUUUUAUUGCACAUUAAUUGCAGAAAGCAAUGAUUAAUAAAACUUUGAUUUAAUGCUAUGUCUGAUUC